CAGGGGAGCCGGGUGCGGGUCAGUUCGCCGGUCGCUUCGCGGGCAGUUCAACUCCUGGACGGGAUUUGUGGGGCGGAAGCGCAGAGAUGUUUUUUGGUAAAGAACGCGGAUACUGCGCCGCGAUGAAUUGUGUCCCUUUGGCGGCUCCGUCCCGGUCCUCGCCCCGCUUGCAUCAUGUGACCCAGGCCUGUGGUGGGGGAGGACGCGACGAGCUGCGGGAACCUGGGCCGGGUUACCUGGUGGGUAGAAUGGAGGCGACCUUGGAGCAGCACUUGGAGGACACAAUGAAGAAUCCAUCCAUCGUUGGAGUCCUGUGCACAGAUUCACAAGGACUUAAUCUGGGCUGCCGUGGGACCCUAUCAGAUGAGCAUGCUGGGGUGAUAUCUGUUCUAGCCCAGCAAGCAGCUAAGCUAACCUCUGACCCCACUGAUAUUCCUGUGGUAUGUCUAGAAUCAGAUAAUGGGAACAUUAUGAUCCAGAAACAUGAUGGCAUCACAGUGGCAGUGCACAAAAUGGCCUCUUGACAUCUCAUAUCAGUUCUCCAGCAGCCUGUCAUAAGGACUCAAUUCUACCUGUGUUAAUUACCUUAUAGAACUAUUAAAGUUAGGCCAUUCAUUUAAUGUGCAUUGGGUACUUUUCUAUUUUAGGGUCAGCUGCUUUUUAACAGUCUGUGGACUGACCUAUCAAGAUAAGUCAGUAAGGAUCAUCUUUUGAAGCAGCAGGUCCAGGUCACUUCAUAUAUAGAAUUUUGUUAUGUUCGAUAAAUCUGUUUGGAAGAAAGCUUGGAUCUUUUUUGGAGUCUUUAAACUCUUAUCAAAUGUUCAUUUUUUUUCAAUUAGUAAAUUGUAAUUUUUUCCAAAAA